AUGCCCGCUCAAUACACACCACCCACAUCACCAGCACCAUCAGAUCAAACCAUAGAUAUGCAAGAUAUGCGUCACAACAACAUGACGACGGCACCACAAACACCAGGCACAGCCGCCUACUCACCCAACUCCAGCUGCGCCACCACAUACUCGUGCGCUUCAUCAGCCACCACCUCCACAAGCUCACCACCGCCGGCGCCACAAAAGGAGUCACGCAUGUUGCGUACACCGAAAUGUGCACGCUGUCGCAAUCAUGGCGUCAUCUCUUGUGUCAAAGGUCACAAAAAGCUUUGUCGUUGGCGUGAAUGUUGCUGUCCGAACUGUCAAUUGGUUGUCGAUCGGCAACGUGUGAUGGCCGCACAGGUUGCGCUGAGGCGCCAACAAUCAAUGGAAGCAUUAGAGGCACAACAGGCGGGUGGUCAAAGCACGCUGAGUGAAGGUGUUACUGGAACAACAACGACAACACUAACGUGUAAUACGGAUGUUAAAACAACAACAUCGAGUUCAUAUCGCACCAAACAGGCGCUGAUAGCACAAAAAAAGAUCUACAAACAACGUUUGCGUUCACUACAACAAACAACACUCCACAUAACCGCCGCCAUGGAAGAAUACAAGCAACGUUUUCCCACCAUUAAUUCACCGUUACUGGAGCGUAUCCGUAAGCGACGCGCCUUCGCCGAUCCCGAAUUGAAUUGGGUAAAUCUGGAUGCCGCCACUUUGUUGACUACAACGACGCCUCUAACACAAUUUCACGCGGCCGAUGUGUCUCAUGCACCGAUCGCAAUGCCCACCGCUCUGCCACAUGGCCAUGGUAACGCUUAUAUGGGUUCGCCGCCACUGCCGCCCUACUUUGUCACGCCCACCUUGUUUCCAGCAGCUGCUCCCACUGACACCUACACCUUCUGCAGUGGCUUUGAGAAUUAUCCUGCUGCACAAUCCGCCGACGCGCGUUUUGCUCCUUUGUCAUUGUGGCAUGCCAACCCCUUGUCAGCGCCAUCAGCACCAACAUCUACUCCUGUGUCACCUGCUACAACGCCGAAUAGCACGCAAGCGCAGAGUGUGGAAUUAAUUACGCCCGUUAAGAAGCCAAAAUUGAGUUUUUCCAUUGAAUCAAUCAUUGGCGUUAGUUCAUAA